AUGGAAGACGGAGAGAUUAACGACAACGAUACCCACCACCCUGGAAACGCCUUAACACCUGAUACCUUGAUCGAGUCGAACGUCGGAUAUUCCUACUCACCUGCUCUGGAAUGGCCUGGAGAAGGUAUUGAGCCGUCCGUAUACUCUUCUGGUGAUUUUCAUUCUAGCUGGUAUGCUCCCGACGACUAUGACGCAUCGUCUUCCCCGGGGGCAAGUCCGCAUACCCAUUCCACGACCUUUCUGCGCCUUCUUGUCGAACGAAGCUCCAUCCUUCCACGCAAGCAAACCCUCGCAGUAAUAGAUGGCUUCAAUGACGUCCAAGUUGGACGUGACAUGGCCCCUCCAGGGAGCGUUACGCCACGGAUCCGUCUGAAGGAGAUGGAGGUGUCAAAGUUUCACGCGACGGUCUACUGGGACCAGGAACGACGUGAGUGGGCUGUUGUUGAUAUGGGCUCAAAGCACGGUACCUUCCUCAAGUCCCAUCGCAGACUGGCCCCUUCUGCCGGAGCGAUGAGUUCCAGUACGGUUACCGCGCUUCCUACAUCGGGUCCGAGCAAUGACCGGGGAGUGAGGCUGUCUCCGCCGCGAAUCGCGAGCAUUCCGCGCCGUAUCCAGCACCUUGACCGCCUGAGUGUAGGGGGAACGACGUUCAUCGCUCAUAUUCAUGAAGAUAGCAUUCCCUGCGCAGAUUGUUCGCCACAAGGUGGUGAUGAAAUACCUCUCCUGAACACGCCGAAGGCAGACCAAAAUAGCGAUGCGAGUAGGAAACGGAAACGUGAGGCUGACGCACUCUCGUAUGGAACUACAUCUUUGCCGCCCGCCGAAAGAGAUUCCAAGAAGGCUCUCUCGAUGCUCAAACGUACUUUGUUAUCGCGUCACGAUGCUUCUGCCACGAAAGUGGACGCGUCUCGUUAUACAGACAGAAGUGCGCGGCGACGGGCUCUGCAUCCUGACGCUCCUCCAGAGAUUCCCCACACUGACAGCCGCCAUCCACCCGGCCCAUCUGCAGUCUCCUCUGCACCAGCCACGUCUCUUGCUACGCGACCAGUCUCUGCACCACCUGCGCCCCUUCCAGAGACCAACAUUGGGCAUCGCCUCUUGAUGAAGCAAGGCUGGCAGCCUGGCACUGGGCUCGGUCAAGUGGGAAGCAGCGACAUAGUCUUGGUUGACCCCUUAAGUGCAAGCGGGAACACUGGUCGAGCUGGUCUCGGGAUGUCUGGGACAAAUACAGAGUAUAGCUCAGAACAUACUCCUCUGGACUGGAAGGAGGGCGGAAAGUUGCGGCGCUGGGCCGACUUCAAACCGACGUGA